UGGAACAUCAGGCGUUUGGUAUAGUUGUUAGCUUGAUUAUGCUGCUUCAAUCAAUGAUUAAACUAAUUAUGUAGCUGUGAACAUAUUUCAAUUGGAUCGUCAGGCAUUUGAUAUAGUUGUUAGCUUGAUUAUGCUGCUUCAAAGACUGCCUGGAUCUUUUUGUGGAUUACACCUGCGCCAGUUGGGAGCAGUCAUGAUUUUUAUGCUGUGUUCAUUGACUCUGUACAGAUGGUUGGAUAAUUUGAACAGCAAAGUGGCUCUCUUGGAGUUUGCCUGGGUCAAGUUAGAGAAAGCAGUAACAAAGCUUCAAAUAGAUGGUUCGGGUAUUUCAAGGCCAAGGUCAUCAUUCACGGAUGAUUCAAAUCAAUCGUGGAGCACGGAGCGCGACAACGACAUGGUGCUCCUGUACAACCGGGUCCCCAAGACCGGCAGUACGUCCUUUGCCGGCAUCGCCUACGACUUGUGCACGGCUAAUCGCUUCCAUGUUAUACACAUGAACAUCUCAAGAAAUUUACGGGUUUUAGGUCUCUCGGAUCAGAUGCGGUUCAUUAAAAACAUUACGGGUUGGGAGGAGAAGAAACCUGCCCUGUACCACGGGCAUGUGGCGUUUAUAGACUUCUCUAGAUUCGGCGUGUCCCGGGUCCCCAUCUACAUCAACAUGGUGAGGGAGCCUCUAGACCGACUUAUAUCGUACUAUUACUUUGUUCGGUACGGCGAUGAUUUUAGACCGACCUUACGGCGGAGAAAGGCCGGGGAUAAUGAGUCAUUUGAUGAAUGUGUAACCAGGGGAGGUAAAGACUGUGAUCCAGAAAAUCUGUGGGUGCAGGUUCCUUAUUUCUGUGGGCACCAUGCAGAUUGCUGGGAGCCAGGUAACCAGUGGGCCCUGGAGGAAGCCAAGCGGAACCUCCUGCACCACUACCUCCUGGUGGGCAUCACGGAGGAGCUGAGGGACUUCCUGGCCGUGCUGGAGGCCACACUGCCCCGCUUCUUCAGGGGGGCCACGCAACUCUAUGCUGAAGGUAUGCUCAGUUCUGAAGGCCGGAAAUCGCAUUUAAGAAAAACAGCCAAAAAAAUUCCACCCAAACAAGAAACCAUCGACAGAAUUCAGAGCUCACAGAUAUGGAAAAUGGAAAAAGAGUUUUAUGAAUUCGCCAAAGAACAUUUCCACUAUGUAAAAAAUCAGAUGUUUGAUACUAUAAACGGGGCUUUGGUAGCUAAAGAUGGGAGGUUUAUGUUUGAAAAAAUGAGACCAAAAUGAUGGCGGUGGAGGAAUAUUUAUUUCAGGCUGUUAUCAACAAUGGGUGCGUAGUGGCAUACUGCAGUCAAGUCAGUGUGCCGUAGCUUACCCAGCUAUUUUGAGUGUGCUAUAGAUACCACAACAGUGUAAUCAAAUCAGCGGAAGCUUAGUUGGUCAUAAAUUCACCUCACCAUAUGUGCACGCUGUAUUGAAACCAGUGUGCCAUCGAUGACCACGACAGAUGAACCUACUGUAAUCAAGUCAGCGGAAGCUUAGUUUGUCAUAAAUUACCUCACCAUAUGUGCACGCUGUAUUGAAACCAGUGUGCCAUUGAUGACCACGAUAGAUGAACCUACUGUAAUCAAGUCAGCGGAAGCUUAGUUUGUCAUACAUUACCUCACCAUAUGUGCACGCUAUAUUGAAACCAGCUAACAACAGAUGCAAACAUCGUAGUCACUCCAGUAGAAACUUUGUAUCUGAAAGAUUGAAAGAAGAGAUGAUCCAGCCCCGGUUUCAGUGGAUUAAGUUAAUCUCAACAAUGCAAUAGCUGUAGUGUUUGACAACUGUCCUGAUUAUCUCAGAGCUGUAAUGUAAGCUACUGUGUAGCAACAUUAGCUGCAUUUAUUUUUUAUGACUGUCAGGGGGUACUCGCUAAACUUGCGUGAAUGAGGCUAUUUUUUUUUAU